GAUCAGAUGGUGGCCCUAAUGACGCGUAGCAAAGGAAUCAUCUCGACACAACCAUGUCGUAGCUUCUGCUUUGCAAGCCCGGCCUGCAGCAGGAGAAGAGGAGAAGAAGCCGCCCACUCCAUGCACACCCCACACAUGGUUAACCUCGACCACACAUCCAAACAGUGAGAGUAAAGGCGCGCACGAGAGAGAGCGGACGCUGCUUCCUUCAGCUCCGCAUCCACUGUGAACCGGAGACGGAGGAGACGACUGGGUGGACUCAUCUUCUCUCUUUCAUGCAGAGAUGAUGUUCUAACAGGGUGCGAUUCUGAAGGAGGAGGGGGGACAAAAGUGUUUCAUGGGGGAGAGGAGAGCUUUGUUCGCGCACGGGAGAGAGCUUUACGCGGAGGAGGGGAGCGCAGCUGCCGCUCCGCCACCGGGGCGCACGCACACCAUCUCGGCCGGACACGUCGUCCGUUCCUCCGCAUGGGAAAGUCAAAGAUUUUGCAUUUGUCUUCAGCCUGCAGCGUGAUGCACAAGCCAGGGUUUUAUCUGGAUUGCCGAGAACUCACAGAUCUCAGAGUGCUGAAUGCCGCUAGUGUCCCGACUGUACGUCAAGGAAUCACCCAUCAUUAAGAAGCUAGGCCACCUUUCACCACAUUUGUUGCUAUGGAGAACCUCAGUGAGCUCCAAAAUCCUUUGUUGGACAAAAAUACCAAGCACAUGGUCAACGGUUAUGGGGGAGACUUUCCAAAUAACCAGUAUCAGGAGAACAUUAUCAACUACUUCGGUGGCGAGAGCGGUGGUGGCGGCGGCGGGGGGAAAUCGAGCAAUGCUGUAAGCGGUGGAGGAGGCUACAAUAGCAAUGGCAAGAUGAAGUCGCAGCAGCUCUUGGAUGCCACUUCGCUUCAUUUGGCUGUGGAGGCUUUCUAUAGGCCCAACUUCAUCCUGUACAAAGAGGACAAUGGCAGCGUCAAGGCUAAGGAAUACAAAACUGAAUGCUGCGAGACCACCUUCACCGAAAAGAAGGCCAAAGAGAGUACAAACUCAACCGGCGGAGACACAGCGGGCUCGGAGGAACCGCAGAUGAAGGUGCCGGAGGAUGGCGAGCACGUAAAGAUCCAGACCGUUUCGUAUGAGGUCGAGGAGGAAGAGUACAUUGAAUAUGAGACAGACUGCUCCAGUGACAGCGAAAGUGAGGACAAUUUCAUCGUCGUGCCACCGCGAGACCACCUCGGCUUGGCCAUUUUCUCCAUGCUCUGCUGCUUCUGGCCUCUGGGAAUAGCAGCAUUUUACUUCUCGCAGGGGACCACCAAAGCGGUGCACAAAGGCGACUUCCCACUGGCGAACAUUGCCUCCCGACGCGCUCUGUUCCUGGCCGCCCUAUCCAUCACCAUCGGCACCGGAGUCUACGUGGGGGUGGUGGUGGCACUCAUCGCCUACCUUUCAAAACCAGGACACAUAUAGUUGAUGCUGGUAUCCUCCAGAAAAACCCCUAAGGCUGCGAAUUUAGAGGAACGUUUUUUGAACAGUUAUCCCCCGCCCACACUCCUUUCUUUUCCCUGAAGAUUCCCUGUCAGACAGAAUUAGCACAGUGGAAGGAAAGGGGCCAAACUAAAAGGAAAGGGGCAGCGAAGACGAGCAAAACUUUAGAGGAAAUAAAUGUUUUCCUCAUUGACCGCCCAAUUUGCAUCAUCUUGAGCUUAUUCACCGCCAGACUGGUCGUUUAUCUUGCUGAGGAUGAAGCAAAUAAACAAGCGUCAAGUCAAAAUGAUGAACGCUAAGAACUACAAAUUACAUAUUUGUUGUCCUUUGAGCCUCCUUGGAUUCUUGAAGAACUUUCAAGAAACACCAGGACUGAUAGCAUCAUUUCUAAUUCAUAAAACAACAUGUACUGUAUAUUUGUCCUCGGAAUGAUGUCACAACACAAGUCAAAGCCCGUUAAACACAACUGCCUCAUGCCAGAUGUUGUUUGCGUACAAUCCGAAUGUGCUUUGUGUUUGUUUUUUGCCCUCUGUCUAAAGACACCUGAAAAAAAACGGCCUGUGAUAGUGAGAAGCUUGGAUAACAAAGUGUCUGGGAAAAUCAUCAUAUUUUGAACUACCUGUGUUCAGCAUUUGUGUGUAGAUGUUGAAAACUGAGCUUUAUAUUUUAAAACCACAUGCUAUAAUCUCACAUAAUUGAGUACUUAUCAACAAAACAUCAAGGUAAUAUUGCUUAACGCUGGGUACACACACUAACCUAAGUUUAACACUUUAAGUGAUGAGCAAUAAACCUCCAAUUAAGGCCAAUGAUAUGUUUAUCUUUAAAUGAAACAGACAUUUCUUAUGUCUUACAAGCCAGCUAAUUUACAGCCUUCUGAUUGGCCAAAAUGCACAACAGUGACAACAAAAAUGGCGAGCUGUUUUCAACCUCAAUAGAUGAUAAUCUGCUAUCUAAAUAAACCUCCAUCUAAAAAAAAUGUUUUUCAAAUUCUUUUUACUCCGAACACAUGCUGUAAAAAUAUUAAAACCAACGAAAACACACUUAAAGGUGCACAAUGUAAGAUUUUCACACAAAUUUGUCAUGACUUGGGCAUAGCAUUUCAAUAGACCAUAGACUUCGUAAUGAUAUUGACAGGACACGGAGCGCGGGGCUGAUUAAAAGGGGGCCUGCAUUGUUGGCAUGGCCGUCAAAGCUGACCAAGUAGAAUCACAGACAAUGGGCUUUUUUUCGGUGAAAAUUCUUGUGAAUAAAUGCUUAAAUCCCUGAAUUCUUUAUAGAUAUGGAUGCUAAACAGUCUCGAUUCUUGGUUAAAAGCGUAAAAAAAAAAAAAGUUUUUUAAAGUGCGGUCAGCAUUUAUUUUACGUAAAUAUUGCGAACUAUGAUACUAGUCAGUAAGCAAAUGCAGCGGCCGCCCUAUGAAAACAGCUUUUCUGGUGAAAAUUCUUGUGAACAAAUGCUUAAAUCCCUGAAUUCUUUAUAGAUCGUGAAGUAGAACAGUCUUGAUACUUAGUUAAGAAAAAAAAAAGCAUUUAGCAGUACGAUGCUAGUCUGUUAGUCAAUGUGGCAGCCGCCUUAUGUAGACAAAGCUUUUACGUUGAAAUUUCUUGUGAAAAAACGAAAAAUAUAAUAAUUACCUUGAAUCGUCGAACAAAUCACUCCUGAGACAAUCCUUCCGGUUUGUAUGCGGUACAGCUUUUGUACUUUUUCAACCUAAAUUUGGCAUUACCCCUACUUGACGGUGUGGCGCAGUGAAGGUGGAAUCUGACCUGUCAAUAUCAUUAUGAAGUCUAUCAAUAGACAUCAAAGAAACCUUUUUUGGACAUACUUCUAAAGUGUUUCUUAAUGGUUAAGCAGAGAUUUUCCCAUUUUAAAAUAAGACUCUGGUUGUGUGUCUCCUUGUGCCCUGCGAUUGGCUGGCAACCAAUUCAGGGUGUCCCCUGCCUACUGCCCGAAGUUAGCUGGGAUAGGCUCCAGCACCUCCGCGACCCUCGUGAGGAAUAAGCGGCAUGGAAAAUGAAUGAAUGAAUAAAAUAAGACUCACGCAUAGACAUGUGCAGAUUACUGGUUUCAAGGUAUGCCGUGGUAUGAAAACAUCAAGCUUUCAAAACCGCAAGAAUUUUCUAUCACACCGUCCUUAAGGUAUUAGCCAUUUUUUAUGUCGCAAAAAUGCAUAGAGAAAUACCUCGCUUACAGCUGUAAGGCUCAACCCUACCCCACCGCUGUUGCUCAGUGUCAAUGAGUCAGCUCUGCUACACUAUGGCAGGAGGAAGUGAAACACCUGAAUUUUUUCCCCCCAUCCAAGAAAACGAAAUCGCUGGUAUGGGAAUAUUUCAGCUACAGAAAAGUUACAGACGGACGCGGCUUAGAGGAGGAGGGCCAACCGAAACGUAAAACAUGUUUGCGGAGGGUGACUGCUCCAAUAUGAUUUCGCAUUUAUACAAAAUUAAAGGUUAGUAAACACUGUCAUGAACGUUUCCCACCAGCUACGAGAGUUAACUCCAGCGGGUUUAGUGUGUCUAGUGGUGGUACAUCGUUUUAGUCUCUCUGGCAACUGUCUGUGUUGAGAAAGAGUGUGUGUAUAAUGUAAACAUGAUACGAGUCAUACACACCUGCUUAUUAUGGAAAAUAAUUCAGAGUUGUGGCUGUGGAUUUAGGCUCACAUAAGGGACUGCAUUUGUUUUAAUUUAAUUUAAAUUUAUUUUUUUAAACCCAGAUAACUCAAAGUAACACGUUUUAGAGGGGCAAUUGCAAUACCGUGAUACCGUGAAACCGUGAUAUUUUGGUUUAAGAUUAUUAUACCGUCAGAAUAUCAUACCGGCAACAUGCCUACUCACGCGUCUCAAUUUUUUUUGGUAUUGUUUUGCCUCCGUGUUCAUCAUCAACCAAUCACGAAACCAGUUUGCAGUCUUCGUCCGGGUUUCCACAGCUCUGUAGGUCGUAAAUUAAGGCUGUGGCAACUUUGACAGUCUGAAUUAUGUCUAAUACUCAAGCAAAAACAAUGUUACGAAUCUCAAAGGUUUCAAAACAACAAGAGAAGCAAAACAAGGAUAUGCAUUCAUUUGGCUGUGCGUUAGCAUGUGGUGCUAUUGACUGAUGCUACACUAUUUAGCAUGUGGAUCCAUUGACCGGGGCAAAAAUAGUCUUUACAUGUAUAUAUAUUUAGUCGGUAAUUGAAAUUAAAAUGAAUGGAGCAACUACACUCACCGGCCACUUUAUUAGGUACACCAUGCUAGUAACGGGUUUGACCCCCUUUUGCCUUCAGAACUGCCUCAAUUCUUCGUGGCAUAGAUUCAACAAGGUGCAGGAAGCAUUCCUCAGAGAGUUUGGUCCAGAUUGACAUGAUGGCAUCACACAGUUGGUGCAGAUUUGUUGGCUGCACAUCCAUGAUGCAAAUCUCCCGUUCCACUACAUCCCAAAGAUGCUCUAUAGGACUGAGAUCUGGUGACAGUGGAGGCCAUUUGAGUACAGUGAACUCAUUGUCAUGUUCAAGUAACCAGUCUGAGAUGAUUCCAGCUUUAUGACAUGGCACAUUAUCCUGCUGAAAGUAGCCAUCAGAAGUUGGGUACAUUGUGGUCAUAAAGGGAUGGACAUGGUCAGCAACAAUACUCAAGUAGGCUGUAGCUUUCCAACGAUGCUCAAUUAGUACCAAGAGGCCCAAAGGGUGCCACGAAAAUAUUCCCCACACCAUUACACCAGCACCACCAGCCUGAACCGUUGAUACAAGGCAGGAUGGAUCCAUGCUUUCAUGUUGUUGACGCCAAAUUCUGACCCUACCAUCCAAAUGUCGCAGCAGAAAUCGAGACUCAUCAGACCAGGCAACGUUUUUCCAAUCUUCUAUUGUCCAAUUUGGAUGAGCUUGUGCAAAUUGUAGCCUCAGUUUCCUGUUCUUAGCUGAAAGGAGUGGCACCCGGCAUGGUCUUCUGCUGCUGUAGCCCAUCUGCCUCAAAGUUCAACGUACUGUGCAUUCGGAGAUGCUCUUCUGCCUACCUUGGUUCUAAGAGGUGGUUAUUUGAGUCACUGUUGCCUUUCUAUCAGCUCGAGCCAGUCUGGCCAUUCUCCUCUGACUUCUGCCAUCAACAAGGUAUUUCCGCCCACAGAACUGCCGCUCACUGGAUAUUUUUUCUUUUUCGGACCAUUCUCUGUAAACCCUAGAGAUGGUUGUGCGUGAAAAUCCCAGUAGAUCAGCAGUUUCUGAAAUACUCAGACCAGCCCUUCUGGCACAAACAACCAUGUCAUGUUCAAAGUCACUCAAAUCACCUUUCUUCCCCAUACUGAUGCUGGGUUUGAACUGCAGGAGAUUGUCUUAAACCAUGUCUACAUGCCUAAAUGCACCGAGUUGCCGCCGUGUAAUUGGCUGAUUAGAAAUUAAGUGUUAACGAGCAGUUGGACAGGUGUAAAGUGGCCGGUGAGUGUAUAUCUUAUUUGUGGAUGCGGUCAAUGCAGUACCAAAUUAUAUAUUUCUUUGCCAGUGUGCUUAUACAUUGAGAAAAGCAGCCCUCCCUCACUUCGGUCAUGGUGACAUAAACUAACCUGGACCUUGUAUCACAGCUCUUUUAAUCGUCAUAACUGGUUCUUUUCCUGCAUGUUCUCCAACAUGAAGCCGUAUUCUGGCAACCCGAAGGUGAACAGCAUUUUGUGCUUGUCAAUAUUUUGAUCUAGUUGCAGUACCAUUUUCGGCCAUCAAUCCUACAUUGUGCACCUUUAUAGCGCAAUCAUAUGCAUCUCAGCAGAAAGAAUCUUGUUUAAUAAAGUGACAAAACAUAGAAUUUAUUUUUUCCUAUGUGGAAUAGUGGAGAAACCGUAUAGCCAAUAGACAAAUUUCGGCUGAUGAACUUUCAGCCACCACAUUUUUGUUGCAUCUCAAAACUAGGCGAGCUAUUAAAACAAACUAUAAAAAGUUUACUCCUGCAUCUUGCCUGUAUGCUGUAAAACUAAUGAAACAAAAACUCUCCCACCCUGAGCCACUGCCACGGACUAUUUGCUACUGUAUCCAAAAAGUUGUGCAUCAGAAAAAAAUUUGAAGAAGCCAAAUAAGUUCGGUACCCUACGGAAGUUAUAACUCAGGCAGAUUUGUUUACAUGCUCUGAGAGUGUGGAAUUGAAUGGGCGAUCAAUUUGUUGUAUUCUAUCAGCAGUGCCGCCCAUAGGAUGAUUGAUCGAUAUUUUUUUUAAAGCUUAAAUUAAAUUUGAUUAAACUGCAAACAGGGUCAGCAAAUUAACCCGCCUUCCUGUAUUUAAGAAACAAGAAACAAACUGUCAUAACAAAUAAUACGGAAA